AUGUCAAGAAAUUGGUUUGAAUUAAUUCUUAGAUUUUUACAUUUUUCGGACAAUGAAAAAGCUCCAAAUAACGACAGGAUUUAUAAAGUGCGCGAUUUAAUUAAUAAGUUAAUUGAAAAUUUUCAAAAAAUACUUGAACCUGAAGAGUAUUUAGCUGUUGAUGAGACAAUGGUCCCUUUUAGAGGGAGGUUAAUAUUUAGGCAGUAUAUACCAGGAAAAGCGCACAAAUAUGGUGUAAAGUUGUUAUGCGGAACAGAUGGCUAUACGUAUAAUGUGCAAGUAUAUGCUGGCAAAAGUCAAAUUGAUGGAAAAGGUCUAGGAUGCAGAGUAGUGUUGGACUUAAGUCAGAGAUAUUUGAAUUCUGGGCGGACAAUAAUCACUGAUAAUUUUUAUACCUCAGUGCCAUUAGCAUAUGAACUUUUAAAAAACAACAUACACUUGGUAGGAACAUUACGAUCGAACAGAGUUAAAUUACCAGAAGUAACCAAGGCCAAAUUAAAACCAAAUGAAAUAGUUGGAAGGGAAAAUAUUGAUGGGAUCGUCAUAGCUAAAUGGAGGGCAAGAGGGACGUCACAAUGUUAA